GGGCUGCAGCUAUGGACCGGGAGCUGGCCCAGGCCCGCAUCCUUGCUGAGCCCGCCCGAGCGUGGCUGCUCCCGCCAUGGGCUCCUCAGUGUACAUCACGGUGGAGCUGGCCAUCGCCGUGCUGGCCAUCAUGGGCAACGUGCUUGUGUGCUGGGCCGUGUGGAUCAACAGCAACCUGCAGAACGUCACCAACUUCUUCGUGGUAUCGCUGGCGGCGGCUGACAUCGCCGUGGGCGUGCUGGCCAUCCCCUUCGCCAUCACCAUCAGCACCGGCUUCUGCGCCGCCUGCCACGGCUGCCUCUUCUUCGCCUGCUUCGUCCUGGUCCUCACGCAGAGCUCCAUCUUCAGCCUCCUGGCUAUCGCCAUUGACCGCUACAUUGCCAUCCGCAUUCCACUCCGGUACAAUGGCUUGGUGACGGGUACCAGGGCAAAGGGCAUCAUUGCGAUUUGCUGGGUGCUGUCAUUUGCCAUCGGUCUGACUCCCAUGCUGGGCUGGAACAACUGCAGUCAGCUUCAGGAAGGCAAGAACUACACGCAGACCUGUGGCGAGGGCCAGGUGACCUGCCUGUUUGAGGACGUGGUGCCCAUGAAUUACAUGGUCUACUACAACUUCUUUGCUUUCGUGCUGCUGCCCCUGCUGCUCAUGCUGGCCAUCUACUUGCGGAUUUUUCUGGCAGCCCGGAGGCAGCUGAAGCAGAUGGAGAGCCAGCCUCUGCCCGGAGAGCGGACUCGGUCCACGCUUCAGAAGGAGGUCCACGCGGCCAAGUCCCUGGCCAUCAUCGUGGGGCUCUUUGCCCUCUGCUGGUUACCUCUGCACAUCAUCAACUGCUUCACCUUCUUCUGCCCCGCGUGCCAGCACGCCCCCCCAUGGCUCAUGUACCUGGCCAUCAUUCUCUCCCACAGCAACUCUGUCGUCAACCCCUUCAUCUAUGCCUACAGGAUCCGCGAGUUCCGCCAGACCUUCCGGAAGAUCAUCCGAACCCACGUCCUGAGGCGGCAGGAACCCUUCAAGGCAGGGAGCUCCGGUGCCUGGGCCUCUGCAUCCCACAGUACGGAGGGGGAGCAUGUCAGCCUCCGCCUCAAUGGCCACCCCCUGGGGGUGUGGGCUAACGGCAGUGCCUCCCAUUCUGGACGGCGGCCCAAUGGCUACAGCCUGGGGCUGGUGAGCGGAGGGAGUGCCCAGAGGUCUCCUGGGGAUGCGGAGCUUCUUAGCCAAGAGCACCAGGAAGGAGGCCAAGAGCACCCUGGCCUAGGGGACCAUCUCGCCCAGGGCAGAGUAGGGCCAUCCUCAUGGUCCUCUGAGUUUGCCCCUUCCUGAGGGAAAGAAACCUCUAUCUUUUCGGUUGGCUGGACCAAUCUCACUAAGAAGAAAAGAAAGACCAUGCCGGGAAACCUGUUGUGUUCUCGCUCUGAACCAAGAAGAGGGGAGCAUCACGCUGGAGCAGCAUGAAGCCCAGUAAGAAAGGCCCGGGGUGGAAGAAGCAGAGGCUUCGUGCUGCAGGGCCCUGGGUUGGGUCAGGGUUGCAGCAGCAGCAGCAGCAGCAGCAGCAGCAGCAGCAGCAGCAGCAUCUUCAGAGGCAGGGCCCAGGUCCCCUACUCCAGAAGCAUCAAAAUAAAUAAAUAAAUAAAUAAAUAAAUAGAAGCCAUCUCGGCUCAGUCAAGCAGCUGUGGCUUAUAGGACUGACCUGAUGCUAGGGCAUGGCUGCUUCAGUCCUCCUUCCAUAGUACACUACCCUCCCCAGACCGUCUAGGGCUCAGGGAGCUGCUGGCCUACAAGUGGCACUUGCCUAUUUCUUUCUUUUUUUUUUUUCCACAAGAUUAAAAAUGUGAGGAAACCCUUUCUAUUUUAUUGACUUCCCUCCCGGCUGCUUGGGUCUGUUGUCGAUCCUGCUGUUAUCCCGAGGAGUCGCAGGCAGUCCUCUUUUGCUGCCGGAAGCAGGCAUGCCCUUAGUCACAGGGCCUUCUCGGGGCAGCCAGGCUGGGCUGGCAGACAGGAACUGUGAAGGGAAGGGUGCCAGAGCGUGGGCUCGGGUCCCAGGAGGGAGAUUAGCGCUGUCGAGCCUCGGACCCGAGCCUGGGUACCCAGAGCUGCCCCGUGAGUGGCCCUGCCUACUGCCAUUCCUUCUGGAGGAAGGGACUAUUUUGUUUGUUUAUUUGUUUGUGGUUUUUUCCCCCCCAAGAUGAAAUAAAAUGAGCCACACUGUGUUUUAAAUCUG